AUGAAGAAGAAUGAGAGCGAUACAGAUCCGACUGAUGGGCCUACAUCCGUCACUGUCCUUCUCAACGAGCCACCGAAAUGGAGACAUCUCUUCGCCUUCACCACCAGGCAACACCUGUACUAUCUCAGUGCUGCGGUCCUUUCCUCUGCUGGAGCAGCAGCCCUUCGAACCUCCCUAACCGUUGUUCUGGGAAAAAUAUUUGAUAUCGUCGCUGCGGCGGGAGGUGGCGGCGUUGCGGAAUCACGAGCCUUGCCGCUUGUGUCGCGAUAUUGCCUUGUGCUCGUCGGCAUGGGUGCUGCGCAAUGGACCAUCAACUCUGCAUUUUUGGGGUUGUGGCUCAUGUUUGGAGAGCUACAGGCAAAAAGCGUCCGCAACGCCCUCUUCACGGGACUGAUGAAGAUGGAACGUGCCUGGAUCGACUCACUCCCACAUGGCACGACUGGCUUGGUUGCCUCCAUCCAAAGGAAAACGCACGAACUUCAAAUGGCCACUUCUCAAGUCUUUGGCUAUCUUGUGGCAGAUAUCCUCACGGCAUUUGCUUCGCUAGCCAUUGCCCUGCAGUCCUCAUGGAAGCUGACUCUGGUCCUCCUCGCUACAGUGCCACCGUCCAUCGUCGUUCUGGCAUUGACGAACCGAAAGAUUCCGCCAGCAAUAGUAGAACAAACCUUACACCUAGACUCGGCCUCGACCAUGCUCGCCGGUGCCCUGGGGGGAAUUGACAUUGUCAAGAUGUGCAACGGCUACGCUUCCGAGGUACAGAAUUAUAUCGCGCACACCGACCGCGCUGCCAAGCACUAUCGAAUUCAGGCUUUGAACAACUCGAUACAAAUCGGAUACAGUACCUUCUGGGCUGUGGCUAUGUUUGUUGUUGGAUUUUGGUACGGCCUAGUUCUGGUGCAGCAGGGAGAACGCCCGGGAAACAUUCUCACAACAUUCUAUGCUGUGUUGACAACACUGCAAGGCGUUGAGUCGAUGUUACCAAACUGGCUUGUGUUUCAGAGAGGCAUGAGCGCCGGCCAAGUACUACAGGCCUUGAAAGUUGAAGUUGCAGAGGCCUCUGAGGAUGACCCCAACACUGUGCGACCUGGCUAUUUUGUUGGCGCGAUUGAUAUGGAAGAGGUCAGCUUUGCAUACCCGACGGCACCAACGGUCAAAUGCCUCGAUAAAUGCACAAUCUCUAUCCCGGCAGGGGAACUCACUUUCCUCGUUGGCCGCAGUGGAUCUGGAAAGAGUACCGUUGCUAGCCUUGCCUCGAGGACCUACGACACGACCAGUGGGAGCAUAUUCAUGGACGGUGUCCCGAUCAAUAAGCUUGACAAGAAAUGGAUGCAACGCCACGUUAUGCUUGUCGAUCAAACGCCUGUCAUUUUCAAAGAUACGCUAUUCCAAAACGUUGUGUUUGGACAUCCCGAUCCAGCCUCGGCCACUCAUCAAGAAGUUUUGCAAGCAUGCUACAAGUUUGGCCUCGAGUCCGCCAUUGCGACUCUAAGCGCCGGGAUACAUACAGUCGUUGGCGGCGAAGGCUGCCCUCUGAGCGGCGGUCAGCGACAAAGGGUUGCGCUCGCCCGGGCAUACCUCAGAGACCCCGCGGUGCUGUUUCUGGACGAGCCCACGUCGGCACUGGACCCGAACAGCAGAGAGAUGAUUAUGAAUGAGAUCAGAGAGUGGAGACGGCGCAAGACAACCGUCAUUAUCUCGCAUGACAUUGACAGCAUUCGCCACAGUGACUUCAUGUAUGUGCUGGAAAAGGGAAUUGUGGUGAGGAGCGGAUUCAAACGAAACCUGGAGAGCGCAGACAUGGGCAUCUUCUCCACAGCCUCGCUGGACGAGGCUGCCGAGGAGAGCUCGGCACAUAUCAACAUGGACAUCAUCCCACCCUAUGCCGCAGCCGCGAAACCUCCCCGCGGGCACCGCCCCCCAACAAUGUACAAUCACGCGUGGUUCACGAGCGGUACCAACUCUUUCCGACAUAGCAGCCCUUCGCGCCGUGUCACCUCUCUUCUUUCACCGCGACUAUCUGUGCUGUCCGUGCGGUCGGUCAAUAUGGGGUCACCUGCUGCCACGCCCCGACUCUCUUCACUCAUCACCAGCAAACAGGGCCGACCCAUGUCCUCGCCCGGCCCAGAUACCACCUCCCUCCAGCCGCCGUGUUCGAGCUCCAGACGAGAUUUGGACACCAUGUCUAACGCCAGCGAGGCAUCACAGUCCCCCAAGAAAAAGGAGAAGAAGAGGCGGAGUAUAGUUGAUGUGGGCUGGAAGCGUAGACACGCGAAGGAAAUGUCCUUUGCCAGCAUCCUGAGCACCAUCAUGCCGGCGCUCGACGGGCUCCGCACGGCCUACCUUGUCCUCGGCGUCGGCGCAACCAUGAUUGGCGCGCUCACCACGCCCGCCUUUUCCUUUUGUUUGGCCAAGCUACUCGCCGUCAUGUGGUCUGCGGGCGACAAGCACGCUGAGGGACGACAGUGGGCGUUAUACCUCUUCAUUAUCGCCGUCGUCGACGGCGUCUGCACCGGUCUCGGCCGCUACCUCCUCGAGUCGUCGGCCCAAUCAUGGGUUGACUCGAUCCGGCGCUCCGCCCUCCAGCGCAUCCUCCGCCAGCCCAAAUCGUGGUUCACCGACAACGCCGACACCAACUCCCAAGCGUGCAUUACCGAGACGUUCAACGUGCAUGCUGAGGAGAUGCGCAACCUCGUCGGCCGUUUCCUACCCAACAUCAUUGCUGUCGCCACCAUGAUUACCGCCUCGGUCGUGUGGGCGCUCGCCGUCCGCUGGGAUCUCAGCUUGGUGGCGCUCGCGCCGCUGCCGCUCGUCGUCGUCGUGCUCCAGGCGUAUACGCGGACCAGCAAGGCGUGGGAGGCACGCUGCGCCGACGCCGCCGAGCAGGCCGGGCAAGGGCUCGCCGAGGUGCUUGCUGCAGGUCGCACCGUCGCCAACUGCGGCCUCCAAGACCACUUUGCUGCACAGUUUGCCCAAGCAGCCUUUCGGUGCCUCAGUCUCGGCGCCCGCCGCGCACUCCGCACUUGCCCACUCUUUGGCCUCUACCAGGCCUUUAGCUACGCGCUCACAUCGCUCGCUUUUUACUACGGGACGCGGCUCCUGACAGGUCACAGCGGCGGUGGCGGCGUGGACGUCGACGCCGUCUUGCAAGUCCUCAACCUGCUCUUGUUCAGCUUCGGCACCGCCACCGAGCUGCUCAGCACCAUGCCACAAAUCACCGUGACGACAGCCGCCGCCGCCCGCGUCCUCGCCUACACGCAGCUGCCCGACGGCGAGCUCCCCUCCGACUCCUGCGACGUCCACGGGGGCAUCCCUGCAGUGCUGCCCGUCUGCAUGCGUGACCUAUCCUUUGCAUAUCCGGGCCGCGCCGCCGACCCCACGCUCGCCGGUGUCACGCUCGACAUCUCCCCCGGCCGGUGCACUGUGCUCGUCGGUGCAUCCGGUGGCGGCAAAUCCACCCUCCUCAGUCUCCUACUCGGCCUGCACCGCCCAACCUCACCCGCUUCCUCACUCUGCUACGCCGACACACCAAGCACCGCCCUCGACCCGCGCCAGCUCCGCGCCGCCAUCGGGUACGUGCCCCAAACCCCGUUUCUCUUCCCUGGGAGCAUCGCCGACAACAUUGCCUAUGGGCUGCCCGCGCAGUCGCCGCUACGGCACCGCGCCAAGAUUCGCGCCGCCGCGCGCGACGCCGGCAUCGACGACUUCAUCCAGUCCCUCCCCGCCAGCUACGACACCCUCGUCGGGGACAGCGGCAUCACGCUCUCCGGCGGGCAGGCGCAGCGCGUCACGGUGGCGCGCGCGCUCGUCCGCCACCCCGCGCUGCUCGUCAUGGAUGAGCCGACGAGCGCGCUGGACCCGGAUAGCACGGCGGCUGUCGGCGCGUGUGUGGUGGCACUGGUCGCGCGGUGGCGCGCCGAGAGGAGGUCGGCGGCGGUCGUGGUGGCGACACAUAAUGUGGAAAUGAUGCGCGUGGCCGACGUGGUGGUGGUGGUGGAGGACGGUCGUGUCGUCGAGCAGGGCGCGUUUGAGGACCUGUGGUUCAGCGGGGACGCGUUUCGGCGGUUGGUGCGGCAGAACCAGGAUGAUUAA